GAAGAUGCUUUUAGCUACUUGGCCUGAGGGUCACAGGCACGUGCACUUCCGUUUCCGGUGUGUCCUGCAGCCAUGGCUACCGCCAAGGAGGUGAAAUUUCUACUGACGUGCUGCAGAUCGUGCCGCAGCCUUCGGGGACCCCAGUCCCGAGCAUUCGCUGCCCUUGUGCCCGGUGUGUCCCAGGUAGACAACAAUUCCGAUUUUCUGGGGAAGAAGCCCCAUCGUAAGCAUCCCGGCAUCCUGCGUCUUCCGCACGUGCGGCUCCCGCAAGCACUGGCUAACGCCGCGCAGUUACUGCUUCUUGAGAGACCCGUCCGCAGUGUAGAGAAGCAGGUGCAGGCACUCAGCAACUAUCUCUGGAGCCGACACUUGCCAGUAGAGCCCGAGGAGUUGCAAAGACGCGCUGCGGAUCUUGAGAAAAAAUUCCUGGAAAACCAAGCCCUUCUCACCCUAGACUCGACUCAGACAGAGGAAAAACUUCGCGGGGCAGUGCUGCAGGCGCUGCGCAGAACCACCUACCAUUGGCAGAGACUCAACUAUAAUGAGGAACUGAGUCUGAUAUAUAUGGCAGCCAGAUUGGAUGGUGGCUUCGCAGCAGUUUUCAGGGCCUUCCAUGAGAUCCAGGCUCGAAUUCCGGAGUUCCAGCCACAAACGUUGAUGGACUUUGGAUGUGGCACUGGUUCUGUUGCCUGGGCUGCUCACAGUACUUGGGGCCAGAGCCUCCGUGAAUAUGUGUGUGUGGACAGUUCAGCUGCCAUGUUGGGUUUGGCCGAAAAGCUACUAAAAGGUGGUUCAGAAUCAGGGAAGCCCUGUGUCCCAGGUGUCUUUUUCAGACACUUUCUUCCUGUGUCACCCAAGGUCCAGUUUGAUGUGGUCGUGUCGGCCUUCGCCCUCAGUGAACUGCCAAGCAAGGCUGAUCGCACUGAGGUAGUCCAGAACUUGUGGCGUAAGACAAGCCAUUUUCUGGUGCUGGUAGAGAACGGAACAAAAGCUGGGCACCGUCUUCUCAUGGAUGCCAGGGACCUGGUCCUCCAGGAAAAAGAGAAGUCCCCUUUGGACCGUCAGCCUGGCUUUGUCUUUGCCCCAUGUCCCCAUGAGCUUCCUUGUCCUCAGCUGACAGCCUCCCAGCCACUGGCCUGCAGCUUCUCCCAGGCUUACCAUCCCAUCCCCUUCAGCUGGGUAUGUAGGAAUAAGAAGCCGAAAGAGGAAACGUUCUCUAUGGCAAUCCUGGCAAGGGGCUCUCCGAAGGAGGCUAAUCGCUGGCCCCGUGUCACCCAGCCUGUCCUUAAACGGCCUCGCCACGUGCACUGCCACCUCUGUUGUCCAGACGGGCACAUGCAGCACGCUGUGGUUACAGCCCGUCGGCAUGGCAGGGAUCUGUAUCGCUGUGCCCGAGCCAGCUCCUGGGGAGACCUUUUACCUGUGAUUGCUCCUUCUGUGUUUCCUCUGUCCCCUGCUGAAGAGCCCACCGAGAGUUGAUAAGGAUGCUAAGGAUGCGUGACAAGUGUCUCCCUCCAUCACGCCUGCCAAGGCUGAAGCUACCUGGUGUCCAGGAAGAGAGUGCUGGUGGCCUUCCCCGGAGUUUGCCUCCUGUUUCUCUCAAGGUUGGUCCCUUCAGAACUAAACCUUCCAUCUCGACCCUUAUCUAGAUCUCAUCAGAAUGCUUCUGUUUAUUUGGUUUGUUUCCUUUUUCCUGUUUCCUUUCUAGAACAACCCCAGUUCACAGCAGGAAAUGUUAACAAACCCCCGAAUCGGUCAGGAGGGUACCACCAGGAAGGCAGGGGCACUCUCACUCAGCGGAAUUAUGAGCUAUAAAGGGGAAGUGGCAAGUUGGUACCGUCACAGGUUUGGCUAAAAAUCAAGGUGCUUGGCUCUCUUGGCAUUGAUGGACAUCUGGUGGACCAUUGAGCAACCUGAGGUUCUGCACACCAAGCUUGUAAAGUGUCCUGUGUGACAAAAACGACAAGGUUAACGGUUGAUAAUUAUGGGAAUGGCACCAGGGACAUGGCACAGCUUAUCUUGGCCAAAAGGAAGACGACGCUCUGCCUGGGCUUUUUGUGUUUGAAGUUUGUGGGUUUCUUUAAACUUUAGAGAAAGAGGAGUGUUUAAACUUUCAUACCAGGAACAAACAAAUGAUGAUUUCGCUGGUGGGGCUUCAUUACAGAAACAACACAAAGUGGUGACGGCUGGGGCAUAGCAGCCCAUGCCUUUAAUCAGAGGCAGGGGAAUCUCUGUGUUUAUCAAGGCCAGCCUGGUCUACAUAGUUCCAGGCUAGCCAGGUCUACAUAAUGAGACUCUGUCUCAAAAAAAAAAAAAAGGAACAG